CGGAAGUCAACAGGCUACCAUUAGGAACAAUUGGAAAAAAAGAACGAAACGGGCGAAAAAAGCCCUGUCGUGAUGGCUGGAAUGUGCCCUCCAACGCGUCCAUAGCACCCCCGGAGGAGGACCUCCAGAAUUGACGGAUCCGGGGAUCGGUGUCUAGAAUCCUCGAAUCCAGGGCAGUCGGUGCACGAGGUUGCGAGGGAAUUCGGCGAGAGAGUGAGUAACAGGAAGAAAUCUUGUCAUUCGAAAUUCGCUGAUCGAUCGAUCGAUCGAGUGAGUCAUCAGAUUGUCGUGCAUACUCCAGAGGGGAUUGCGAUGUUUAGCGUGCGAGCUCGGGCGCUGCACGCGAUCCAGAGGCUGAGAGCCGCCGGUCCGGCUAAAGGAGCACCGGCUGCGAAGAAAAGGAAGGGAGAAGCACAAGUAAUCCCUGUCGUAGCGAAGGAACUCCGGGAGAAAGCUACCUUGGGAGCCAAUAUCUUGAAGACUGGGGCAGAUCCGCCCAUUUUGGAAGACAGUGAAUAUCCUCCUUGGGUUUUCAACCUCUUGGACAAGAGACCUGCUCUUAGUGAGCUGGAGAGACGAGAUCCUGAAAGUUUGGAUGAGAAAGAGAUUAUGAGGCUUUUAAAGUUGGACAAUAGAAGGAGGAUCAAGGAGAACAACGCCGUGAGAUCAAAAGAGUGAGAAUCGGAAUUUUGAGAACAAAGUUUCAUAUUGACUUUGUUUAUCCCAUACUUCCUCUCGUCCAACAUAUGAGGCUUCAAAGUUGGACAUAUAUUGUGCAAGCCUUGCACUCAGUUCAACCGGAGAAUGCUGAACAUGUGGCGCGUACAGAGUUUCUCAAACCUAUCGCAUGUAUGAAGUCAGUGCUCUAGUUCGAGAAUAACCUCGGGAGACAAAUUAUCUGGCCUGUUCUGGGUUUUGUAGAUCUGAACUUGGUUAGGUGAGGCAAUCACAUCUAGUCUUUACCUGACUAAUGCUAUUGAAGUGUUAUUCUAUGUUGGAUUUCCGGAGGAGUGACUACUACUUUCACACUUCAAAGCAAUCUGUUUGAUUGCUUAAAGUCCAGAUCAUGCGAUACAUUCACAUUCUUAGCUAAACGGAGAUGAUAAGUCGUGCUGGCGUAAAAGUAGAGCAGUUCCAAGCGGUAACUCCGGACGAAUGCAGGUGAUUUUUGUCAAUGAAGUCAAUGGGAAAAGACCAGUCUGUCAGCAGUUAUUUGCACUAAUGUGAUGAAUUCUGAUCUUCAGAGGUACAUAUCUUCUUU